CAUCCGGCAUACCGCACUCAUACUCAUAGGCAAGAAACCAUCGUAUCACGGGCCUAUGCUAGUCCCAGCCCCGUCUCGAAAGCAAGAAUAGCGGGAAAAUGUUAAUGCGCUCACGCCACAUACGCGUUCGAGGCCCGGAGUUCUGUCUUUUGGGCGUCCAUGAUAUUCUUUCUGUGCACCAUGUGUUCGUCACUGUGGUCUCUGAAGCACCCGCCCGAGUCAAGGGCAAAAAAACCUGUGGUUCCUGCGCGCCUCUUUCUUGAAGACCUCGCAGAACCGGUCGUUGAUAUGGGUAUUUUCACUGAUCCCACCUUUUCUCUCUCAAUCCUGUCUCUCGUCUAUCCUGCAAAUCAUCGAGAUACUCUUCUGUUCUCAUGGUGGACCAACGACUCAUACACAUUCUUCGUAGUGCCGGUUUCCUACCCAAUUCCAGUACCAAGAGCCUGAUGCGUUCCACCGAUACGUUCGCGGUAACUCGCUCUCUUCGGAGAGUAGACCUCCAUCUUUUCAU